CAUGAUCGACAUCUGAUGAAAAUGGCGAGUCAGUCGACAGGAAUACAGCAGCUUUUAGUCGCUGAAAAACGUGCCGCCGAGAAGGUGGCAGAAGCCAGAAAACGUAAAGCCAAGCGUUUGAAGCAAGCCAAAGAAGAAGCCCAGGCAGAGGUGGACGCAUACAGACAGGAGAGAGAGAAACAGUAUAAAGAAUAUGAAGCAAAGGUGCUAGGAUCAAAGGGAGACACAGAGGCUAAAAUAGAUCAAAAUACUCGCCUGAAAAUAGAAGAAAUCAACCGCAACGUGCAAAAACAAAGAGAGCAAUGUUUACAAAGACUGCUGUCUCUAGUAUAUGACAUCAAACCAGAGAUGCAUCAUAACAUGAAAAUAUUGUAAAUAUUUCUCAGAUGGUGUCUCAGUCAGUUUCUCAUUGUCCUUCUGUUAAAUGUGAAAUAUGCUGUAAUUAGUGCACUCAAUGUAAUUAUGUAACUCCUCAUUCCUGUAUCUGUAUGAGGCUGCUGUAUUCCUGUUUUAUGAGUUUUCAUAGGUCUCCACUUCAACUGUUUGUUGUAAAUCAUGUGACGUGACUGACCUGUUUUCAAGUCUACAGACUGUUCUGUUUUUACAAUACUAUAGCCUUAAAUCUAGGUGAAGAAAGUGCAUGAUCUUGUAUGUAAUAUUGUUCAUAUUAUGUAUCACCACCAAGGGUAGUUAGGAGUAAAAAGUGGCUGGCUUAACCACCUUCCAACUGGGGAUAGUAUUUUAGGUGGGGAGUGUGUCUUAUCUGCUUCUGUCGAGCCACAGCCAUUCCAACAAUACUAUGAAGGAGAAUUCAUACACAGCUGAAAUGCACCUCUUGGAAUUCAACAUUUUCUUGUCAGCAUGGUUCCAUUGGGACUCAUACUCAGUUUGUAGUUAAUAUACAUAUUAAUUUAGGAGCAUGGUCUUUCUGUUGGUUAAAAACUAUGGUGAUGUUAUCACUUUCAAUUUUCAAGUAAACAAGUUACUUCAGCAAAGUACUGGAAGUUCUUGGACUGAAUUUGAUAGAUUCUAGAGCUGACUACAGAUUGUAUCUGGCAUUCUUUUGUUCUUACUUGUGAAGAUUGUAAGAAUUAUGCUGCUGAUAACAAUGUUGUAAGUUUUUUCUUCUUUGAUAUGUAGCUGUAGCUUUCAUUGUAUGAAGCAGCAGUACAUGUGCAAUGUAUGUAUUGCUUGGUUGUGGGCAGCAGAAUCUAGUGUAUAAAUAAAAUCAUUAUCAGUAAUCUCA